AAAAAAGGGCUACACGGCCAUCAAGUUAACUCCCUGAGCCACUGAUAAAAUCACGCAAAAGCAAAACAUUUUACAAAUCCGAAAACCUUCUGUUUGGCAGCCGAGAAAGUGAAGAGAGAAAAUGAGCGGACCAUCAAAGAAAGUAGUGGAUGUGGCAUUUAAAGCAUCGAGAACCAUCGAUUGGGAUGGGAUGGCUAAGCUUUUAGUCUCUGAUGAGGCUCGCAAAGAGUUCGCUACACUUCGUCGCGCUUUCAACGAAGUUAACUCCCAACUCGAGACCAAGUUCAGCCAGGAACCUGAACCCAUAGACUGGGAAUAUUAUAGAAGAGGAAUUGGGUCUCGCUUGGUGGACAUGUACAAACAGGCAUAUGAAAGCAUAGAGAUCCCCAAGUUUCAAGAUAAAGUGACUCCAGAAUACAAGCCUAAAUUUGAUCAAUUGUUGGUGGAAUUGAAAGAAGCAGAGCAACAAUCCCUGAAGGAGUCUGAGCGUCUGGAGAAAGAAAUUGCCGAAGUUCAAGAAUUGAAGACAAAAAUCAGCACCAUGACUGCAGAGGAGUACUUUGAGAAGCAUCCUGAGCUGAAGAAAAAGUUUGAUGAUGAAAUCCGCAAUGACUAUUGGGGUUAUUGAUCACAUAGCUAAUUUUGGCUCCGCCCUGAAAUUCUGAACUUGUGGUGUUUUCCAUGUUCCUUUUACAAUAAUAAUUUAUAAAAGGUUGCUCCCAGUUUGUAGAAUUUGACCUUCAACAAUGCCCAUGUCAAAUGCUAAACCUCACUUGGACAAGCAGGUUGGGGAUUUAUCAGCAUCAAUUGUUAUCGAUCUCUUUUUUACAUUUUAAACUGUUUAUGAUGAAAAUAAUCCAGGUGUGAUUAACAUUUUAAACACUCAUUCUGGAUUGCAGUCUAUUCUAUUUUGAGAGCAAGGCUUUUGUUUUACCAACUCUGGUGGAAACAAGAGAAAUCUGUCUGUAGCUCUUGUAUGAACUUUUGAGGUUCAUAAACAUAAAUAUGAUGGAUACAAUUUUUGCGUA